UUUUCCGGGCCGCCCCUGAACGCCUCAGCUCGGUGCCCAGCAGUACCAGAGGCUCCUGGGUGAAGAAGAAGACAACGCCCCGCGAUCAGACGCUCAGUCCCCGGGUCCCUCAGCUCCUCUGCUCCCCGGCUCCUCCCUCACACUGUUCUUUCCGAGGCAGAUCCGCUGUGACCGUGAAACCAACCGGGGAUUAUUACACCCUCAGCAGCCCCCCCAGCUCUUCCUCCCCCUGGCUCUCCGGAGAAGUUGACUCAACAGAAAAACUAACCGUCCGUCCGACGGUUAGCUUAACUUCCCGCCGCUAACUUAGUUCGUCCGCUCGGCUGUUGGCGUCGGAAGCUUUAUUUUUUUUUUUACUCUCGCUAGAAAUAAGUUAACUGUCGCAGAAUGGCGGACGCGACCACCUCCAGCCCCGGAGCCAACUGCCUGGAGAAGAUGACAAGUUACGUGAAGACCCAGAAAGGUGUGAUCCUCGCGGCAGAAAUCUUCAUCAGUUUAAUCAUCCUCAUCUGCUAUGCUGCCUCUAUGUAUGGAGGCUACUCUGCUGUGGCCAUCUGUGAGAUGAUCUUCGCCAUGGUCUUCUUCGCCAUCUUCAUGAUGGAGCUGGACAAGCAGAUCCAAGUGGUCAACUGGGUCUGGAGUGAUCUUUUCCGUGCCGGUAUCGGAGCUGUCCUCUACAUCAUCACUUCUCUGAUCUGUGUCAUUGGAGGAUCCCAGGACGGUGCUCGUAUCGCAGGCGGGGUGUUUGGUUUGAUCGCCAGCCUGUUGUUCGCUUACGAUACUUACACCAUCUUCAUGCAAAUCAAGAGCACGAGGCAGCACACGGCAGCUUCCACCGACGACAGAGUUUAAACACUCUAAGACGCUUGUGCCUGUGUUAAAAGCGCAGCAGCAGCAGAAGAAGAAGAAGAGGACAUUUAUGCAGACGUUAACAAAAGGGUGGAGCAAAGAAGACGAUGGACAGUAAAAUGAACAGGUCACAGUUUAAUCAAUUCCACUGAAAGGUGUGAACAGACGACAGAUUUGUUUUAGGGGCCUGCGCCUGAGAGGAGGGUGACACAGCCUGAGUGAGUGGUACCAAACAUCUGUGACUGCAUGUCAGAAGAAAUAAUGAGGCAAUCCUCUCAGAAACCUUUAGUCCAACCUCGAUGUACCACUGAUUAAAAAAGGGAAAACUGUAAACAACACACGGUGUAAAAGUUUGGUUGAUGUCGUCACGCAGCUUGUCUGAUACAUGUCUACUGUUAAUGCACUGCUGUAUUAAGUAGUAACUGCCAUUUUGAACGUCAGAAGUAAAUGACACAUGAAUGGAUGCUUUCUGAGCUGUUUAACAUCAUAACUAUAAUCUUCUUGAAUUAGAUGUCUGUGUUUUCCUGGAGGUUUCUCUGUGGUUUAAACAUUUUCUUCCUGUGUGUUACAGUUCCUUAGCCACCCUCUUGUCAUAUUCAUCUUUUACUCCUGAAUCCUAAAUAUUCGAUUGGCUCUCCGUCAAUUAUCAUCAAACUCUUGGGUGUUUCGAACUAAUCCGAGUUUUGUUUGCAUCAUUAGACAUCCAUUAACUUUCAACCACAUCAUUUGUUAUUGAACUAGUGUCAUCCUCAAGUUUUACCUGUAUACUUUGAUUCUUGCUCAGGUCGUGUUCUUUUUUUGUUCUUACAUUUUAACACAUUUUUAAGGUGCAGAAUAAUUUGUUUUGUCAGUUGACACUUUUUACAGUCCAGUAGUUCAGUACAGUUUUUGUAUGGUUGUUUGAGUACAUGUGGCAGAUGAAGAAAAAAGUUCAGUUUCUAAAGAAAAAAAAACACAUACAUGAUACAAUACAAUUUUAAUAUGUUGUGUAACUGUGUCCUCUGGCCGUUUUCAUUAUUUGUCCAACUAAAGUGCCUUGUUUUUAAAAAAAUUUUUUUUACAGGAGUCUGCCGUGUGUAACUUAAAAAUUCAAAGCAGACAAGCUUUGGGAAAUAAAAGCCAUUUUCACUGGAA